AAGGCCUCGGAAGUCUCGCGAUAUCUGUCUUCAGCGGCGGGCGCGAACCGGUACCUGUUGCGCGCGGGCCGUGAUCUUGUCUCCUUGUUGCAGGUCCCUCUGCUAGUCCCGGACCUCCGGGCCCAGCAGCAUGACGUCUGCCUUGGAGAACUACAUCAACCGAACAGUUGCUGUUAUCACUUCUGAUGGGAGAAUGAUUGUGGGAACACUAAAAGGUUUUGACCAGACCAUUAAUUUGAUUUUGGAUGAAAGCCACGAGAGGGUGUUCAGCUCUUCACAAGGAGUAGAACAAGUCGUAUUAGGAUUAUACAUCGUGAGAGGUGACAAUGUGGCCGUCAUUGGAGAAAUUGAUGAAGAGACAGACUCUGCACUCGACUUGGGGAACAUCCGAGCAGAGCCUCUGAACUCUGUAGCACACUGAAGACUCAGCAUGUGCUUAGAUGGCUGUAAAUCCUGUACAGAAACUGCUUGUUCUGAAGAUGGUGUUUAGAUUUUUUUUAUGAGUGUGUAGUUGUGGAUUUUGACUUUGUGUUCGUAUAUUGUAUUAUGUAAAUUUAAAUAUUUCUACAUUUUUAUUGGGAAACAUUGCCUAAAUUAAUAAAUGUGGUUGCCUCAUUUAUUUUUCUACUAAAUGAUGUAAAAAUCUAAGGAUCAUUUUGAAAACUUAGAAAAUACCAUGACUUUUGGUAAUUUAAUAUUUAUGGAAAAUUGGCUGUAAAGAGAACUUAGACUAUUGUAACAUAUGUGCAAUUAAUAGUAAUAAAUGAGACAUGUUUCUUUCUGUGUUUUUUUUUUUUUUUUAAGGAAAAUCACUAGACAGUAAAUUGUCUUCUACAGGUACCUGAGCCACACCUGAGAUGUUUAUCGUACUGCCCUAUAGUGGUUGAAGAAUUGUUCCUUAGGUCUAAGAGAUGUGAAUAAAAAUUUUGGUUAAGUAAUGAAACAAAUUGCAAUAAAAAUUAAUAGGAAAGUAAGAAUGAGCAGGAGGAUGUAGAAAAAUCUUUAGAUGCCCAGUAAUCUCGCAGAAUUUAGUAUUUGAAAACAGAUUCUGUGUAUCUCAAAUACCGUUGUACUGCUGAAUCUUUUAAAAAAGAAUGGGGGUAUAUCUGCCAUUAAAGCUUGUGUUGAGUGUUGUGGGUAUUCACUUAGAAUAUCUGCCAUUAAGGAGCUCGUGUUCAGUGUUGUGGGUAUUUACUUAAAUCCAGAGCAGUGUUCUGCUGCCACACUGUUUGCCUGUUCCAUGAACCUGCUUUCUUGACUUUUCAAAGAAUUUACAGAAGCAGUGUUGUAGGUCAUGUUUACAUACUUAAAGCAUUCACAAAACUCAGUUUCAUGUGUGGGCCAAAUGGGUAUCUUUGGAUAGAAUAAAAAAACGUGUACAUUCUUGUAAUUGAAAUAAAAUCAAUCUUUUUAAUGUUUUCCAUUUUUUAA